AUGGCGACGCAAACCGGGACGCCGUCUCACCACAUCGUCAUUGGCGUGGCGGUCAAGAACUCACCAGACCAGAACCUCGCGAGGUCUCUUGGGGACAUUGCGACUGUGAGCGACUGGCCCAUUAACCCACGCAAAAUAGACCAUUUGCACCCUUUCAAGGUGAAAUCGGCCGUCUACUUCGGCGACCAACCGGGUCAAGGUAUCUCCUGGGGCUCCAAUGUCCCCGACGUAUCUCCCGACAGUCCGAGGAAACCCAUUGAAUUCUUCAAGCUCCUAUUCCUUCCGACGGGCAUGGUCACCCCCAAGAUCCAGAACUGCGAGUACUUCCGUGACGCCGCCAGUAUGGCCAGAUUGUGUAACAGGCAGCCAGAAGAAGUUGCUGCCGGCUUCUUGCAAUGUGUUUGGGACCACGCUCGCCGACACAUCGUCAACCAUGUCAGUCAGGAUCACAAACGGGUUACGAAUCCGACGUUCCAUUUCGUCAUUACUCUCCCAGCCGGCUGGCCGAAGGAAGCUCAGCGCUCAAUGCUACGGGCGCUUCGAUUUGGAAUGUCACUCGACUCCUAUCCGGGACGCACUGUUUCCUUGAUCACGGAAGCCGAUGCAGCAGCACUGCAUGUCGCCGCUAACUUCGCCAGAUCCAGCAAUCAGAUCCCUUGGGUGGUGGGCGAUGCAUUCACCAUCGUUGAUACAGGUGGUGCGACCGUGUACCUUGUGACAUAUCGUGUCAAGAACAUUGAUCCAAUCGAGAUUGACCAGUGCACAUGGCCAACUGCCAUCCUCGCUGGAGGUGUCUUUGUGGACGAUGCUUUCGUCGCGGCGCUCCGGCGCAAGGCAACCGAGGUCUUUCCGUCCGAGCCCCCAUUGAGUCGCCACGAAGUUGCAGAAAUCUCCAGUUCGCAGCUUUCGCUCGAUCUGAGGUUGCUACUCGACCGGCAUUCAAGCAUCACCGUGAAUCUCCCAGCUCGCUUCGACCGUGCUGCCGGUUCCGCCGCUGGCGAAGGCAGAGCCAAUAUCGCAACGAUCGAUUUCACCCGAGGAGACCUGGAAGAUAUUUUCCUUGCCUCCGGGAUCCGCCAAAUCAGCCAGGCUGUUGCGUCGCAAGCAAACAAAGCCAACGCCACCUUCAAUACUACUGUCAAGGCAGGUCUACGCCCAAAUAGUCUCAACGAAGAGGCCCCAUUUCCACUAAACAUCUGCCAGUUCGUAUAUCUGGUGGGGGGCUACGCUCAGUAUGACUAUCUCCUGGAAUGGCUGCAACACGAGCAUGGAGAAGCCCGCAGCGUGAUUCGACAGGACGCUGAGACGGGCUUCCUUGCCACCGUCCGAGGCGCGGUAGUCCAUGGCCUCAACAGCCUAAGCUGCUCGAUGAACUCUGCCACUGCUGUGGGGGCAACUGUCCUCUAUCCGGAGAGUCGAGCCAGCUUCGGCAUCUGUGCCGAGGUUCAGGCACUGCCCUGGGGAGACUCUGCUAUCAAUUCCCCUCGGACCGGCACGUUCACAGCUAUGCUCAGCAAGAGCAACGCAGUCGUCAAUGUCAAGAUAUACGCCUGCAGCGUCGAGCCUCGCCCUACCUACAAAACGCCCAGUGUCGUAGAGUUCACCACGCUCUCCAUUGCGGUGGACCUGGACAAGCUCGGCGACUUGACAUGCGACCAGGCCCGGGACGGCACGACUUUAUACCGACUGCCCAUCAUCAUCUCCAUUUGCCUUCUCCUAGCCGACCGCUUGAUGAUCAAUGCCUCACACAGGGGUCAACCCCUCAUCGCGCCCCUGACGGCUUCCAAUGUUGGGUUAUAG